AUGGAACCUUACGCUUAUUCUUGGCUAUUGGUUCUGGGCAUAGUCGUAGCCUUUGCCGACGGGUUUGGUAUUGGAGCAAAUGAUGUUGCGAAUAGCUUUUCGACUUCAGUUGGUUCUCGCUCACUUACAUUAAAGCAAGCUUGUGCUAUUGCCUUCUUUACUGAGUUCCUUGGCUCCUUUUUAUUGGGUGCAAAAACAACAGAAACUAUUCGUGGAAACAUUUUAAAUGUCGACUUAUUCGCAGAACAUCCCGAAUUACUCAUGUUAGGGAUGGUCUGCGCAUUGUUCGGAUCAGCGACAUGGGUAAUAUUCGCCUCUUCAAAAGGGUGGCCAGUAUCGACUACGCAUUCAAUUGUUGGAGCAAUUAUUGGAGUUGGAAUUGCGGCAUUUGGUCCAGAAGCUAUUGAUUGGUCAUAUAAUGGAGUCGCAAAAAUUAUUACUUCAUGGUUCUUUUCACCUCUUGCAGCUGGUCUCAUAGCUUCAGCAAUCUUUUCGGCAACAAAAUAUUUUGUUCUGGCAUAUCAAGAUACUUCCUUCCAACGCGGUUUAGUCGCCAUACCCAUUUACUUUGGACUUACCACUGCUAUAAAUGUACUCUUCCUUAUUUAUAAGGGAGCCAGCGGAUUAAAUCUUAAUGAAGUCCCAAGUCACGUCAUCGCCCCUAUUGUUUUCGGUAUUACUCUUGUAGUUUCAGCUUUUUCUUAUUUCUUCUAUGCACAAUGGUUAAGACGUAGGAUACUUGGAAAUGAAAAGGGUCUUAAAUGGUAUCAUAUUUUUAUUAUUCCAUUCAUUGGACCUCAUAAUGAAAAUGAUUAUGAAAAUAAUGUUACAUUGAGUGGAACGAGUGGAAUAAGUGAAAAAUCAUCGAAAUUUAGUAAUAAUGACACAACGGAUAUUAUUAUUGAAACCUCAUCGUCAUCAGAUGACACCAAAAAGAAAAAUAUCUUCCAAAAUAUUUUCUCCAGGAUUAAAAAAUUUGUUCAAUAUGGUUUAAGUAAAGAAGUAGCUGGAUAUAAGGCAGAUAUUGAUCAGGAGAUGCAUGACGUUGCUACCAAAUAUGACCCGGAUACUGAAAAACUCUAUUCAUUUCUUCAAGUUAUUACAGCUGCAUUCGCAUCAUUUGCUCAUGGAUCAAAUGAUGUGUCGAAUGCGGUCGGGCCAUUGGCUACAAUUGUUCUCAUUUAUGGAUCUGGUUCAGUGGAUCCAUCAGGAAAAUCACCUGUACCAAUUUGGAUUAUGGCUAUGGGUGGUGCUUCUAUUGAUAUUGGACUAAUCUUUUAUGGUUUUCAUGUGAUGCGAUCACUUGGUAACAGGAUAACAUAUCAUUCUCCGUCUCGUGGAUUCUCGAUGGAAUUGGGAACAUCACUCACGAUAUUAACAGCUUCAAAAAUUGGAUUACCGGUAUCUACAACACAUUGUAUUACCGGUGCAACCGCUUGUGUGGGUUUAUGCAAUGGAAAGUGGCAGGCGCUUAACUGGAAUCUCCUAGCAUGGUGCUUCUUUAGUUGGAUAUUGACGUUGCCGGCAGCCGGAGGCAUUGCUGGGUUAAUAUUCGCUUUUGUAUCGAAUGCACCAAAAUUCAAUCCGAUAUAA